UACUAUUCCUCAGGACGAGUAACAAAUCCAUAUCUCCUCUUCUUGAAGUCGACUCAAGCUCUUUUCCGGCUACACCUGCGUUGGAUUUCUCGUACGAGCCCGUCCCGAUAGCCAGCUCGCCUACGUCACGCCAGAAUGGGUAGAGUUUCCAAAAAGCGUCAUGCCGACGUGUCCAGCGACGAGGAAGUCGCUCAGCCGAGCAAGAAGACCAAAACCAAGACAGCCGCCGAGCCGGGAAAAGACGAUGAGGGCAACUCAUUCUGGCCUCUCAGCGCUACUCGAAGAGUCGUUAUCCAAAACUUCAAGGGCAAAAACUACGUCAACUUCCGAGAAUACUACUCUGAUGCUGGCGGAGAGCUCAAGCCAACAAAGAAGGGCAUUAUGCUAACUCUUGAGCAAUACAACGAUCUCCUCACGGCAAUCCCAGCCCUCAAUGCAGAGCUUCAAUCAAAGGGACAUGAUGUGCCCGAUAUCUUCGCGACGUCCUCCAAUAAAUCAGCCCCCAAGCCUGCCACCAAAUCCCCACCCAAGGAUCAAACCCGCAAGAAAAAGAAGAUGAACAUCGAGGCAACCAGCGACGAGGAAGAACCCGAGUCAGACUAGGUAUUCAGACCGCAGAUGUAGUGAUUACCCAUCCGGCAGAAUUUAACCGUCUUAGAGACGCUACAUGCCCAUUGUGGUACACUUCAUGAGGUGAAUGUACGAUAAACAUUUGUUAAUUGGGGCGUUGCUGGUUGGCUUGAAUUUUUCAUUGCAAGCCUGGUCCCAGUUACGGAAGCUACAACGACCGCGAAGAAGGACGCGUGCAAGCUGUAACAUUACAUAGAGUUUGCUGGCCUGGGCUAUCGUUUAUGGUUCUUAUCACGAAUUAUGUCAACAAUAAUGAUCUCAAUUGAUACCCAUCACUUUAAGUGCUAAUAUCCACGAAUGUCUUUC